UGCCGUUUAUAGCCGUAAUGGAUAUACGAACAGAAACUAUUCCCGUGGUAAAUAUCUAUGAGUAUUAAAGGGAUUUAUAUGGAACUGUUUGAAGGACUCUCGAACACUCUAUGAGGUAGUAUUACUACGAUAAACGAUUACUUUGACCGUUGGAUUCAAAUAACACGCAUGACUAAUAGUCAGGCAUACAGUGUGUACCACGUAGGCAUAAUCCUGUACCUUUGGGGUAUAAGUAUAGCAUAAAAACGUAUGAAGGAUGCCCCGAACACGUAAAAAUAGUCGAAAGGACAAAUAUACCGCCAAUGCUUCGACCUCUGUUAGAAUGCAAGCGAGUAAUGAACUUAACAGUGACGACAAUGACGGGGUUGAUGAAAAUGAGCCGAACCAAUCCAAAGAUAGCAUAAGUGAUGGAAAAUGUGAUGCGUUGAUUGAACAGUUUCAAAAGCUGAAUGAGGAAAUGAUGAGAACGAUUCGAUUGGAGAUGAAAACGAACUCUGAUGAUAUAAAGCUUGCUUUCAAAUCCGAACUGCAGGAUCUCAAAAAGGACAUAUCAUAUGCACAAACGUUAGGGGAAGGCAAUAAGAAAACGCUGGAAAACCAUGAAACGAGACUUCAAACUAUUGAAAGGGAGGCUGCCUUGACUAAAGGUAAUGUUGCAAAACUCUCCAAUCAGUAUACAAGUAUGUAUGACAAUUUACAAGCUAAGAUCCUAGAUAUGAACGUAUAUGGUCGACGCAGCUCACUCCACUUCAGUAACAUCCCUGAGGUAGAGGGCGAAGAUCCAAAGAAGGUAAUGAGAUCUUUUUUCGAGAGGAGACUAAAAAUGCCUAAAGACCAGGUUGAUGCUAUUCGAUUUGAGAGGGUACACAGGAUUCCCCUGGGGCCCAAGUCCAAAUACAGAUAUACACGUGUAAUGACUGUUAAAUUUAAUUGGUACGAGGAUAGGGAAACUGUGUGGAAUAGACGUUUUGAGCUCAAGGGUACUGACCAUUACAUAACCGAAAGCUUCCCAAAGGAGGUAUCUGACAACAGGAGAAUGCUAUUUCCUUACUUUAAAAAGGCAAAGGAGCUGAAACUGAAGUGCUCACUCGUUGCUGACACACUCAUCAUACAAGAUGUAAGGUACAAAGUUGGUGACAUCCCAAGGUUACCGAAUGAGCUACUAAGUAGCAACACAGCUAUGCGUGUCUGCCCAGAUAGUGUGUUGUACCACUCAGGAAUAUCCCCUCUAGGGCCUGAUAGCUAUACGCCAUUUGAGUGUGAUGGAACGAUGUUCCGGAGUGUCACGCAGUUUAUGUCUUACAAUAAGGCCAUUAGCUUGAAGGACACCCGAAAAGCUGAGCAAAUUCUGCAGACGUCGGACCCUUCACAGAUGAGAUACUUAGCUUCAACGAUAUCUGAAAAAGAUGAUCGUCAGUGGAGGAAGAUGCGAGAUGGGUUCCUUACUAGGGCGACAAGCAUUAAAUUCAAAGUGCAUAAACACCUACAGAACAUUCUGCUGGGUACAGGAUCCAAGAUUCUUGGUGAAUGUAGCCCUAGAGACCUUGAAUUUGGAACUGGGUGUAGUAUGAAUGACAGAGCAGCGGACGAUCAUACAAAAUGGACGGGACAAAACUUAGGGGGAAACGAACUAAUGCAAAUACGUAAUCAAAUCAUGAGAAGAAAUACACCAAGUGCAUAGAAUUCUGGUUGACACGAAGUUCGGGAAAUCAUCUAUGUGCAUGUAUGUAUAUGUAUGUAUAAGUGCUAACCAUUCUCGUAGAAAAUUUGUCAAAACUUAGCCUUGCUUGCAUUCUAGUAACAACAGUAUUGUGUUUACAUUUAUAAAUGUGGCUUUGUUUACGUGGCUCUCUUACGUCCGCAAGUUUCCAUAACAAACUGCUUGUUUUGAGUAUGAGUUCAUUUUCUCAGCAAUUGUUGCUAUUUUAAGUUCUAUAAAG